GAUGAGCGGCUUUAGCGGUCGCCUAGCAAUACAUCCCGUCACUUCCUUGGCAACGAAGAGUGCGUCUCAGUCGAGGACAACGACCGAGGAACACAUUCUUGACGGACGAUUCCAAUGGACACACGUACAUAUACAGAUUCUGAACCUGCACAACCUUUUCUCAGUGAUGUAACAGAAAAACUCUCUGAACCUGACCAAAUUUUCCCCAAUGAUGUAAUAGAAAACCCACCUGAACCUGGGCAACCUUUCCUCAAUGAAGUAACAGAGAACCCACCAGAACCUGAGCAACCUUUCCUCAAUGAUGUAACAGAGAACCCACCUGAACCUGGGCAACCCUUCCUCAAUGAUAUAACAGAGAACUUACCUGAACCUGGGCAACCUUUCCUCAAUGAUAUAACAGAGAACUUACCUGAACCUGGGCAACCUUUCCUCAAUGAUAUAACAGAGAACUUACCUGAACCUGGGCAACCUUUCCUCAAUGAUAUAACAGAGAACCUACCUGAACCUGGGCAACCUGACCUCAAUGAUGUAACAGAGAACCUACCUGAACCUUUUCACCUGCCUUCUGAGUUACAGACAUGUCCUCCUCUGGAUUUUUUACAUCUUUGUGUAUUUCCAACACUACUCCCAGGCCUUGAGGCUUUGCUACGAGAAGCACAAAAUCAACAAUGCUUCAAAAAGAGAAGAACAAGGUUCAACGCCCGUGAUUUUUUAACUGAAUGGCUUUACAAUAAAAAUCCUAGACGUUUUAAUGCAGCAUUUAUAAACUUUGAAGAAAUUCCUUUUGUGAAAUCCUGGCUGCUAAUACACCCCCGUCCCCCUAUUCCCUUGUCGUUGUUGCUGUCGGAUGAUUCUGCUGCAACUCUUAUUCAGGCUUUCUGGAGGGGGUAUAAGGUACGUUGUGACCCAGAAGUGCAGGAGUUAAGACAAUGGCAAAAAGAGCUUCGAGAUGACAGUUGCAACAUCAAGGAAAGAAUAAAAGAAUUUUGGGCCAUGCAGGAGUUAAAAGUUGAGAAAGAAGUUGGUAAAGCGAUAGAAGAUUCUGAAGACCUGGGGGAGCCGAACAGAUCUGGUGUGUCCAUUAGAGUCCUGUCACCCACACCACAGAAUACACUUAUAUUAUAGAAUCCAGGGACUUCCAUUUGACAAUACUCUUUCCACAAUUGUGCACUCCAGGAUGUGUAGGUGCUGGGGCUUCCAGCAGUGUUUGUUUUUUUUACCAUUUACAACUAUUAAUCUCAGGUGUGCAAGGCAUUGUACGACCUGCUCCUGUAUUCUGCAAUUUUAAAUAAUGCCUCAUCUAUACUAGGGCUUUUUAAAAUAGCCUGAAAUACUUGUUACGGGUAGCAAUGGCAUUGCUUAACUACCACUGAAGCACAAAUUGUACUUCGAACGCACAGUAUUUUUGUCGUUAAAUCAGUAUCAUGUCAGAUCACAAUUAUACCUAGUGCAAACCGUUCCAGAGUUCAUUUGCUAGUGUGUCGAGACCUAAAGGGUUUUGGUCUGGUUGUUUUAGUCCACAGCAGAGUUCAAAUGUCAUGUUUACAUCUACCGUAAUGAAUUGGACUGCGGGGGAAAUUACUCCAGGGUUCGAAAAAACUGGUCCAAAUGAAAUACAUGUGAAAACAACUUUAAAUGCAAAAUUCAUUAAACAUGAUUUUGGGCUUUGUACUUGCAAAAUAUCUUGACUUUUUUAAUGUAAUAUAAUGGUUCUAUAGGAAAUAUGAAGAACAUUCUGCCCAUAAUCAAACAUCUUCCUGUUUUUUUAUGAUGUUACAACAGCUUGCAUUUUACAACACAAAUCCCAUAUUUACUGUGUAAAUGAAAAAGAAUGAGUCUCCAUCUUUACUUGGCUGACAGUAACAAAGCCUGUGCACCUGACAUGUGUUUUUUAGACAUUUUGCUAAAUGACCAGUGUACAACUCAAAUUUAAAAUAAACUUUUUCUUUUAAACAAUAAACAUUGUUUAAAU